AAGCGGACGGCGGCCGGGAGGCGGAAGUGGCGGGCGCUCUCGGCCGCUCGCUUCCCGUCGGGCUUCUGAGGUGCAGCGAGCGCCCGAGGGAGAGCGGGGCCGGCCGUGUCAGCGGCUGCAGCUGGGUCCCCGGCAGCCCGCCAGCCAGCCAGCCAGCCCGUGCGGCGGUGGCGGCGGCCUCCCCGGAUCAGUCCGGCGGCGUGCGUCUCUGCCCUUCCCCAACCGUCUGGGAAGGGGCCCGCAUCGUCGCCCCCGGCCCGGCCCGUCCCGUCCCCGCCUGGGCCCGUCGGGCCCCGCGCCGGGCUGCGCCUGCCCGCCCUAUGAGUGUGUCACUGGUUGUGAUCCGACUGGAGCUCGCGGACCACUCGCCCCUGCCCGCCGGCUUCGGCUUCAGCGCGGCCGCCGUUAGGGAAAUGUCUGAUGAAGAAAUCAAAGAAAAGACACUAGCAUCAGCUAAGGUGCAUUUAGAAGGAAAGGCACCAGUGGAGAAGGCAGCAAUUAUACACCAACACCUUGGCCGGCGAGAAAUGACAGAUAUGAUCAUUGAAACCAUAAAAUCUAACCCAAAUGAGAUGAAAGCUACUAUGGAAGAAAGAAAGUCUUCAGAGGCAUCAUCGUCUCCUGAGAAAAGUAGAAAUGGAGAUCACAGUAAAGAAAUGGCUCCAGAUUCUCCCUCUAAGCAACUUCCGGACCAGAUUUCAUUCUUCAGUGGAAACCCAUCAGUUGAAAUAGUUCAUGGCAUAAUGCACCUGUACAAAACAAAUAAGAUGACCUCUUUAAAAGAAGAUGUGCGUCGCAGCGCUAUGCUGUGUGUCCUCACAGUCCCGGCUACAAUGACCAGCCAUGACCUCAUGAAGUUUGUGGCUCCUUUUAAUGAAGUCAUUGAGCACAUGAAAAUAAUCAGAGACUCUACUCCAAACCAGUAUAUGGUGCUGAUAAAGUUCAGUGCACAGGCUGAUGCAGAUAGUUUUUAUAUGGCAUGCAAUGGUCGACAAUUUAAUUCAAUAGAAGAAGAUGUUUGCCAGUUGGUAUAUGUAGAGAGGGCUGAAGUGGUGAAGUCGGAAGAUGGUGCCAGCCUCCCAGUGAUGGACCUGACAGAGCUCCCCAAAUGCACAGUGUGCUUAGAGAGGAUGGAUGAGUCUGUGAAUGGGAUACUUACCACAUUAUGCAACCAUAGUUUUCAUAGCCAGUGUCUACAACGCUGGGAUGAUACUACGUGCCCUGUUUGCAGAUACUGUCAAACGCCAGAACCUGUAGAAGAAAAUAAAUGUUUUGAGUGUGGAGUUCAGGAAAACCUCUGGAUUUGUUUGAUAUGUGGCCAUAUAGGAUGUGGACGAUAUGUAAGUCGGCAUGCUUACAAGCACUUUGAAGAAACACAGCACACAUACGCAAUGCAGCUAACCAAUCAUCGAGUCUGGGAUUAUGCUGGAGAUAAUUAUGUUCAUCGGUUGGUUGCAAGUAAAACUGAUGGAAAGAUAGUACAAUAUGAAUGUGAGGGUGAUACUUGUCAAGAAGAGAAAAUAGAUGCCUUACAAUUAGAGUACUCUUAUUUACUAACGAGCCAGCUAGAAUCUCAACGAAUCUACUGGGAAAACAAGAUAGUUCGGAUAGAAAAAGAUACUGCUGAGGAAAUUAACAACAUGAAGACUAAAUUUAAAGAAACAAUUGAAAAAUGUGAUACUCUGGAGCAUAGACUCAAUGAUCUCCUGAAAGAAAAGCAAUCUGUGGAAAGAAAGUGCACACAGCUGAAUGUAAAACUAGCCAAACUCUCCACCGAGCUCAAAGAAGAGCAAGAAAUGAACAAGUGUUUGCGAGCCAAUCAGGUCCUCCUGCAAAACAAGCUCAAGGAGGAGGAGAAAGUUCUGAAGGAAACUUGUGAUCAGAAGGACAUGCAGAUCACAGAGAUCCAGGAGCAGCUGCGGGAUGUCAUGUUCUACCUAGAAGCCCAGCAGAAAAUUAAUCACCUGCCAGCCGAGACCCGGCAGGAGAUCCAGGAGGGACAGAUCAACAUUGCCGCGGCGAGCUCCCCUUCAGUCGGAGGCACAGGGAAGCUGCCCUCCAGGAAGGGCCGGGGCAAGAGAGGCAAGUGAGCCUCUUCUGAGUGAGCACAUGUGGCUAAGACAGCGGCCCCUGUCGCCGGGAGGUUGUCAGGGGCUGCCAGCUCAAUGUGAGGUCGGUUACUGAAUAAGUAAGUACACCAAGUGAGGAUCAACUUGGAAUUGUUUGGAUCUUUUUUUUCCUAGUGUGUUGUUUAAUGAGUUAUGGGGGUUUGUGACCAGGACAGCUAAUGGGAAUUGGCAGGUAUUUAAAAGGCUUUUUCUUUAAACUGUUAUAUUUAGCUAACCUCUUGACAUGUUUUAAUUGCCAUUUUGCCUUCCAAAUUUGCCCAAAACGAACUCUGCAUUUUUUCAGCUGUACUUGUUGAGUUGGCAUAUUUCACACUUAAGUCCAGGGGUCAAUUUUUUAUAUUAAGAAAAAGUUUAAAAUCUCAAUGAAGAUUUCCUAGGCACGGAAGUACCAAAGGACCCUUGGAGCAGUAGCAGCUGCAAAGGUCAAGAAAACAGGCACAUUUAAAGCUGGAAAAUCCAUUCAGUCGUUCCAGAAACAUUUGUCAGAAGUUGGUCCUGUUGGAUACUAAUGAGCAUAAGUCCUUUCUAUCAUUGAUGUAUGGACCCUGCUAGAGGGGAAUGGAAAGGUUAUGACUCUGAAGUCUAAAGGUUUAGUGAUUGUUGCCCAGAGUCUUACCAACAACCUCCUCCCUCGUGAGUGCGCUUGCUCCAGCAGAUUGGACAUCGAGCCAAAUAAACUGACCAAGCAGAACAGCCAAGUUGGACAUUUAAUUUAGGUGGGGGUAUGUGGCGUACCUGUCCUGCCAGCUGUGCUUUCUGCUGUAUUUAGUGCUGAUUAAAUAUUCAUAUAGGUUACAUUCCAUGUUGAGCUAGAGGCUAAAAUAAACUUUGGAAGGAAAAAAUCUCCAAAGACUAAAUUGCACCUGAAUUAGAGAAUAGGGAAUUUGACAUAGCCACUUCACAAAUGACCGUUUCUCUUGAUCCCCAGUGGUGGGUCAGCUACUUAAUCUAGAACCUCAAACUACAGCGUGGCUCGUAGAUAUGCAGAGCAAAAUUAAAGGAAGAACAGUAUUGCCUGUCGGCCUUUAGCCUUGAGUAAAACGAGCAGCAGAGUAAAUUACACAGCAAAAACUGUUAGGUCCUGGAUUUUUUAAUGCAAGUUAAUCAGUUUGUUUCCAAAUUAUCACAUUUCAGAAUUAUUUUUUGAUGGUGAUUUGGCUACAUCAUCACCUUGUACUUCAGAAUCUCAUCUACAGUUUAUUAGUACACCAGCUGUAUCUUUCCUCUUUGUUCUUCUGACUUGCUGCUACAGCAUUUCUAAGGAAUUUUUCUCACAUAAAUAUUCUUAAACGUUCUCAGUCCUUUCCUAGUGUAGACCUACUAGACAGGUUGACUUGGCCUUAGGUACAGAUCUAUCUUAAAACCUUAGUGGGCGUGUAAAACAGAGUCAGAUUCUCUCUCCUAUAGAAAUUCUAUUUUAUUUAAAAUAUAUUUUUACACUAGCUAGAAUCCUGCUUUUUGGCCAAGAGCUUGUGUUGCAUGUCUGACCGUUCAGAAGCUGAAAUAGUGAUCUAAUUAAGAGAAUUAGAAUUAGUUUAGAAGUGUGCAGUAUCCUUUCUACAGGCUCACUACACCAUAAAAUAAGAAAAUAACCAGGUGGGAAAGCAGUGAUUUUUCACAAGGGGUAGAACUAAGUAAUAAGAUGAAAGGCUAUGCCAGGGAAAUAAACAAAAAGUAAAGGUAAUAAUUGGAGGGAAAGAUGUUUAUCGUAAAGUCUUAACUAGACAAAGUAUAUUUUUAAAAAUUGUUUGUUUUGAAAUUCAUGUAUUUUGAAUUUAACUGCGUUUCAGAAGGAUGGGUGGGUUAGGGAGGGAAGCUGCUACUGCAUUUUCCAAGAUGGAAAUGGGCCACUUACCAUCCCUACACUACCUUGGAUGGGGAAAUUACAUUAAAAUUGCUCAGCUUUGGAAUGAC